CCUUUCUAUACUACGACGACUCUCUAGAAAAAAAAAAGACCAAGCAAAAAAGAGCAAGAUGUCGCCUCACUCCAACGCCAACGGUGCGGCCCUCGAAGAACUCUCUGACGCAAUUGACAAUGUCAACGUCUUGAAGCAAAACCUCAAAUCGCAGAACGAGGCAAAGGCCGUUGAAAAGGGCUUGUACGAUGAAUCCGAGUUCGACAAGGAAAAGGACAAGACCCAGUUUCGGCAGUACGAGGACGCCUGCGACCGCGUCAAAAACUUCUACAAGGAACAACACACCAAGCAGACCGUCGCAUACAAUCUCAAAGCCCGUAAUGACUUCCAUUCCAAGACGCGCGCCGUGAUGUCUAUCUGGGAGGCGAUGGAGAAGCUGAACACGCUCAUUGACGAGAGCGACCCGGAUACCUCUCUUUCGCAGAUCGAGCACCUUCUGCAAAGCGCAGAGGCUAUCAGACGGGACGGCAAGCCCCGCUGGAUGCAGCUGACGGGCCUCAUCCACGAUCUCGGCAAGCUCCUUUUCUUCUAUGACGCCCGCGGGCAGUGGGAUGUUGUCGGCGAUACGUUCCCUGUCGGGUGCGCAUUUGACGAUCGCAUCAUCUACGGGACCGAGUCCUUCAAAGACAACGAGGAUUUCAAUCACCCCAUCUAUUCAACUGAGAACGGCAUCUACACCCCGGGCUGCGGUCUCGACAACGUCAUGCUCAGCUGGGGCCACGACGAAUACUUGUACCAUGUUGUCAAGGACCAGAGCACGCUGCCUGAUGAGGCGCUCGCCAUGAUCCGGUACCACUCUUUCUACCCCUGGCACAACGCUGGGGCGUACCGGCACCUAAUGAACGAGAAGGAUGAGGCGAUGCUGAAGGCCGUCAAGGCGUUCAACCCAUAUGACCUGUACAGCAAAAGUGAUGAGGUGCCGAGUGUGGAGGAGCUGAAGCCGUACUAUCUGGAGCUGAUCGAUGAGUUCUUCCCUAAUAAGCAGAUCAAGUGGUAG